AUUUAAAUAUUUUUUGUGAAGAUUUUAUAUUUAAAAUAAGAUAAUAUUAAGAUUUAAGAUUUAUGUUUAUGUUUAGAAUUUUAAAGAUAUGUUUAGAAUUUUAAAGAUAAUAUUCGAAAAUAUAUAAUUUGUUUUUAUAGCUCUCUCUAUAUAUAGAGCUGAUCGUUAUCUGAGAAUUAUUAAUUAAUUGAGAGGAUUGUUCAUAUAACAUUGUAUUUCAAGAGAAUUUCAGAAUUAUGUUCGAGAAGAAGAAGAUUGAAGAAAUUAGCAGUAGCAGCAUGGUAUCCAUUGUCCAUCUUCCUCCUCACCUUUCAUUCGAAAGGCCGCCGCAUAAACGUAUUAAUAUAGACAUGAUUAGUUACUUACCCGAUAACGUUCUCAAUCAUAUUCUUUCUUUCUUAUCUACCGAAGAUGCUAUCAAAACUUCCAUAUUAUCAACAAAGUGGAGGUACUUGUGGACCUAUUUGUCUGUCUUUGAUUUUUAUAGUAUUUGGCCAAACCGAAUAUGUUCCCUUUUACAUGAAAUCACCACACUAAUUGACAAAUCUAAUCAUCAUCAAAUAGAAAUUAAAAGGCUCACCAUUCGUAUACCUGAACCCGAAGUUCCUCUUGAUGCACACAAAGUUGCUUCCUUAGUAACGUCUCUACUCACACUCAAAAUCAUCGAUCUUCAAUUUCGCAUAAAUGGUAAAGAACAUCUAAAAACUAGCUGCAUGUUACCGCGUCGCUUCUCACCAUCCUAUUCAUUAACUAAACUGCACUUACACAUUGGUGGCUAUGCUCUACAUAUUCCUAAUGGUAUUCAUAUUCAAUUCCCUAGCCUUAAGACGUUAAAUCUUUCAUAUGCUACCUUUGAAAAUGAGGAAUCAGUUGAACAAUUUUUUUCGGGGUUCCCUGUCCUAGAAGAGCUAACUUUGUAUCAUUGUUAUUGGUUGUUCAUGGAUCAUAUCACUAUUGCUAUUUCCACAUUAAGGAUGUUGACCAUUCAUGUCGACCCUUAUAGUCUAAAUGAUUGCAAUGAUAAUGAAGAAAUGUCUCUCAAGAUUGAUUGUGUCAAUCUUUUAUCUUUAACUUGCAUAAGUGAUCCAACCAUACAAUUUGUCAUUGUUAAACCCCCAACCUCCUUGCUUGAUGCAUAUAUUGCUUUUAGCUUACACAGUACAGAACAAUAUAUGGAAUAUGCUGCGGAAUAUGUUUCUCGUUGUGCAGUUGGGCUACUGAGUGGACUUGCGAGUGUCAAGUCUCUUACACUAUCAGAGGGUACUUUUAUAGAACCUCCUGAUAUAGAUGACCAUUUUCAUCUCCUUCCGAAGUUCCACAAUUUGACACAUCUUUGUCUACAUCUAGAGACGAACUUUUUUACUAGAAAAUCAUUCAUGCAAUUCCUUUUAAGGUGUCCUAAAUUGGAAGUUCUUGCUUUUCCUCUGGGAUAUUACACAUUCAAAGAUAAUGAUGAUUGGGCAUUAAUUCCACUGCCUUGUUGUUUCAAAUCUUCUCUUAAGAAGCUUCACAUUACAAAUUUUGAUGGAUUUGCAUGUGAAAUCCAAUUUGUCGAGUUUUUCUUAGAGAAUGCAACAGUUUUGGAGGAGUUCCAAAUAUCUUUAUCAUGUUCGCGACGCUCAAAAUAUAAUUCGAAGAAUCUAGCAGAUCUCAAGAACCGAUUUGUGGGAAUGGGAAGUUGUGACAUUCAGUUUCGAUCAUCCGAAUAUGAGAUUAAAACAUAUCUGUCUUGUGAAAAAUGCUGUUUCACAUAUGUCUUCUGAAAAACGCGGUUUUUUUAAGACAGACUUUUGAGUUCUUUUCGAUUAUGACUUAUUUUCAUAGGGAAUUCAUUUUCUAAGUUCAAUUAUAUUUCAGCACUAUUUAUAAGGCCCUGAUGUAUUUGUAAUGAUACACAUGAAAUAAACAAAGCUCUUUGCCUUCCAAGACAUCGGUUUUA